GGACAGCCACAUCCUCUUAACUGCUGCCUUCUAUUUAUUUGUUCUGUCCUAUGGUGAUUUUUUUUAUUUGAGUCUGCAAGCGUUAUGCUUUAAGUUCUGUAGGCUGUGUUUUCACAAUAAUCGCUACAAUUUAGAUAACUGUUGGGUUCGCUGUGAGGGACAACUUCUAUCGACUUGUAUUUAUUUUGAGCUGUAUUUAGUGAGAUUUUGGUGCAUGGAGUGCUGAGAAAAAACUCCGUUCUUCGUAGACAGAGCCAGUAGCGCUCUAAAAGAAGGGGAAAAGACCUCCACACAGGGGCCGGGAACACCGGGACGCUUCGGGAUGCUGCGAUUCGCAGGGAUGGAGAUCCUCCGUGAAACCAUAGUGGUGUUGGGUGUGAUGAGCUGCGUCGGGCUGCAUUUUGGACUGGCCUCGCGAAUGAAGUCUCCAUCAUUGCCCAUCCAAUCGGAGAGGGAGCCCCUACCUUCCAAAGGACUGUCAGGCUGCUCAUUUGGAGGAAGGUUCUACUCGCUGGAGUACACGUGGCACCCGGACCUGGGGGAGCCGUUCGGGGUCAUGCACUGUGUCCAGUGUCACUGCGAGCCGCAUAGGAACAGGCGGGGUAAAGUGUUUGGGAAGGUGAGCUGUAAGAACAUCAAACAGGACUGUCCUGAGCCCGGCUGUGAGGAUCCGGUCCUUCUCCCUGGGCACUGCUGCAAAACCUGUCCUAAAGGUGAGCUGGACAGGAAACAGGUGGAUUCUGUGUUUGAUGGUUUCGAGUACUUCCAGGAGAAGGUUGACGACCUGCACAAGUCGUACAACGAUCGCUCGUACCUGAGCUCCGAGGACAUUUCGCCGAGUGAGAGCAGGACCGAUUUUGUAGCUCUGCUGACGGGAGUGUCAGACUCAUGGCUGCCCAGCUCUAGCGGUGUGGCCAGAGCCCGCUUCUCCCUGUCCCAGACCAGCCUGGUCUUCUCCAUCACUUUCCAAAGGAUGGCACGGCCCAGUCGGAUUCUGUUCCUGGAUGCGGAUGGUAACACUGCAUUUGAGCACAGGGUUCUGAGGGGGGAGUCAUCGGAGUCCAACAUGAUCUGUGGGGUGUGGAAGAACCUGCCCAAGGCUCAGGUGCGCCUCCUGCAGGCUGAACAAAUGCAGGUCUCCAUGGCGACGGCGGGGAGCAGACGGGAGGAGGUCCAGGGCAAGAUAAUCAAACACAGAGCACUGUUUGCAGAAACCUUCAGCUCAACCCUCACCUCUGAAGAGGAGCAUUCUGGGAUGGGUGGGAUCGCCAUGUUGACGCUGAGUGACACUGAGAACAACCUGCACUUCAUUCUCAUGCUCAAGGGGCUUCUGCAGCACACAGACAAAGAACGCCCCCUAGUGCCUAUCCGUGUGCAACUGCAGUACCGCCAGCACGUCCUGAGGGAAAUCCAAGCUAACGUCACCGUGCAUGACCCCGACUUUGCGGAGGUGCUGACCGACCUCAACAGCCGUGAGCUCUUCUGGCUUUCCCGGGGCCAGCUGGAGAUCGCCGUGGAGACCGAGGGGCGGGACCCGCGCCGUAUCUCAGGGUUCAUCACCGGCAGGAAGUCAUGUGACACCAUCCAGAGUGUGAUGUCCAGCGGCGAUGCCCUGACCCCCAGCAAAACGGGCGGAGUCGGCUCGGCGGUAUUCCAUCUCCAUGACAACGGCACUCUGGACUAUCAGGUGCAGAUAGCGGGCGUGUCGAGCGAGGUGGUGGGCCUGACCGUGGAGAUGAAGCCGCGGAGGCGCAGUAAGCGCAGCGUCCUGUACGACCUGAGCUCGGAGUACGCCGGCGGGCGGGCGGCGGGGAGCUGGAGCCGCAUGGAGGCCCGUCACAUCCACAUGCUGCUGCAGAACGAGCUGUUCAUCAACGUCGCUACCGCCGACCACCAGGAGGGGGAGCUGCGCGGCCAGAUCCGCGCCCUGCUGUACAGCGGCCUGGACGCCCGCCGGCACGUUGUGCCGGUGCCUCUGGCGGGGCAGUACGUGUACCCCCCUGUGAGGACAGGAGCCGGGGGCCACGCCUGGGUGACGAUCGACGAGCGCUGUCACCUGCACUACGAGAUCGUGGUGGCGGGGCUGAGCAAGACUGACGACAUCACCGUCAACGCCCACCUGCACGGGCUGGCUGAGAUCGGGGAGCUGGACGACAACACCCACAAGAGACUGCUCACAGGCUUCUACGGCUCUCAGGCCCAGGGGGUGCUGAAGGACAUGAGCAUGGAGCUGCUGCGUCACUUGGACAAAGGCACGGCCUUCAUCCAGGUCAGCACCAAGCUCAACCCCAGAGGAGAGAUCCGUGGACGGGUGCACGUGCCGAAUAAUUGUGAGUUUGGGAGCAGGGCGCAGACGGACGAGGGGGAGCCUGACGACGGUGUCUCCGUGCGGGACCCCGAGGAGCUGAAGAAGGACCCCCACACCUGCUUCUUCGAGGGGCAGCACCAGGCCCACGGCUCCCACUGGACCCCGCACUACAACAACUGCUUCAGCUGCAGCUGCCAGAAGCGAACGGUGAUCUGUGACCCCAUCAUCUGCCCGGUGCUCACCUGCACCCGCACCAUUCAGCCUGAGGAUAAGUGCUGCCCUCUGUGUGACGAGAGAAAGGAACCAAAGGAUGUGAAAGCUCUGGAGAAAAUCGAGGAACAUCCAGAAGGUUGCUACUUUGAAGGGGACCAGAAGAUGCACGCCCCUGGGACCACCUGGCACCCCUUUGUCCCCCCGUUUGGGUACAUAAAGUGCGCUGUCUGCACCUGCAAGGGCGCCACCGGAGAGGUCCACUGUGAGAAGGUGACCUGCCCGCACCUCCCCUGCGCCAAACCCGUGCGCCGCAGCCCGUCCGACUGCUGCAAGGAAUGCCCCGAGGAGGAACGUCGUCUGCUGGACCACGCGGACAUGAUGCAGGCCGACGGGACCCCCCUCUGCAAGUUCGGGAAGAACUACUACCAGAACACGCACAACUGGCACCCCCACGUGCCCCUCUUCGGAGAGAUGAAGUGCAUUACCUGCUGGUGCGAUCAUGGCGUGACCAAGUGCCAGAGGAAGACGUGCCCGGUGCUGACCUGCAGCCACAUUGUCCGCAGGGAGGGCAAAUGCUGCCCGGAGUGCAGUGACGAGCUUUCGAAGGAGGAGGAGGACCUGAUUAAGGUUCAGGAAAAUAAGAAGACCUGGAGACCUUGAGAUGCCACGACUUAUGACUCUACGUCGCCCUCCUCAGGACCGUCUCAGAACUGCACACUGGCCUCGUCCCCAUGCCGUCAGCCUAUGGAUUGCAAUUUAAAAAGUGACCAAGACAGAGAGUGAAUGAUAGUGAAAGAGCACAGCGUUGAUGACAGAAGGACUCCCUAAAGGAGAGACAGCACUGUGAGAUGUGCUAUGGACAUGGACUACUUGAACCAUGUAGGAGACCAAAGGAUUUGGACAAUACCUGCAGCAUUUAUUUUACUUUCUUUAAUUUUUUUUACUGUUUGAAGUUUGCGCUCCAAUCACUUUGACAGCGGGUGUCUGUGCCACCUGAUGGCUUCUUCACUGUCCUAUUCCCAGACCAUAUUGAACUCUACUGGUAAACAAACAGACAGACACACACACACACACACACACACAGCUUCAUUCAAGCUGCAGCACCAUAUUACUCUCAUUUCCUUUGCUCAGCUCCGCCCACCCAUUCCAGACUCCGCCCCUCCCAGUCUGUUGUCCAGCUGCAGUGGACAGCACAGAGACCCCAGGGGAGAUAGGCGGAGUCCUGUUUCACAUAUCUUCUGUUCAGUGUUUCUUCUGUAAGGGAGCAACAACCGCAGUUCUGGCUUAUGGCUUGCAAUUCAUCAGGUGAUUCAAUGAGCCCCUAAUUUCCAUAUAUGUAGUUUUUGCACCUUAUAAUGACAGAGAAGACUCUCUCCCCCACACACACACACAUGCACACAAACGCACACACACACACACACACACACCUAUAACUCUCUCCCCUCGCAGAGAGAGGAUUUCGGCAGGAUCAGAGUCAGUCUGACACAAGGGCUUGCUGGGGGAGGGUUGAGAUGCUGUGCUGCAACUUUACUGAAGCGCCAAUGUACAUAACAACGAAAGAACCAGAGACCUGUGACCACAAGAGAGAGAGCUGGAAAGACAGACAUAGAAAGAGUUAGAGGAAGGAGAGUGGAAGCAGAACGGAGCUCUUUGAAAACCACUUGGAGUUUUCAGGCAUGUGGGCUGGUGGGUAGUUUACUGUAAGAGUAAAACAUGGAGGAGGGGGAGGAGUGUAUUCUUUGUAGUCUGUGUGGUUUUGUUUGAUGUUGUUGUGCAGCAUAGUUUUCAGAUACAGCCAGUCCUGUUAAACCUCUCCUUCACUCUGCCUGUACCAAAGCGCAGAGCUCCAGACCAAAGUAUCUCUGAGCAGGGGGUCACGGAAUGAAAGUUUUCUGUCGAUUACGCCAUGCUGGAAGUGAGUUUAUAUAACCUGUAGGUUAAAGGGAAGGUUCAUUUGUGUGUGCAUGUGCGUGUGUUUGUGUGUUUGCUUUAGUAGUGGUGCCCUCACCUGCAGCACCAUCACCAGGUCCUAUACAGUAUCAGGCCACAGGCGGCCCUCUCAGACUGAAUGCCUCCAACCAGUCCAUCCUCCUGCACCUGCUGCUCCUGUGUUUGUCAGCAGCGUUGGCUAUCUGUUCUCAGCUAAUUAUGAUAU